GCUGUGGCGGGGGAGCGAGCGCCUGGGUCCGACUAACCCUCCGUGGCUAGAUCAGGAGUAGAGUGGGGUUGGGGGUAGUCCUGACGAGACUCAAGUUUUUCGAUUGCCUGGCCAGCUUUCUCUUUGUUGCUGCUAUCCAGCCGCUCUCCCCAUGUCGGAUUUCAAGCUAGGGAUAGUUCGACUGGGCCGUGUGGCCGGGAAGACAAAGUACACGCUGAUAGACGAGCAGGACAUACCACUAGUGGAAAACUAUGCCUUUGAGGCACGCAUGGAGGUAGAUGCUGACGGGAAUGGAGCCAAGAUCUUUGCCUACGCCUUUGACAUUGGCAAAGGCCGCUGGGCAGGUCGGCCUCUGCAUGAGCUGCUCUGGGAGAAACACCGAGGUGGCAUCGCUCCCAGCUUUCAGGUGGUCCACAUCAACUCUGUCACCGUCGACAACCGGUUGGACAACCUGCGUCUGGUGCCAGUGGGAUGGAGCCCCAAACCAGAGGAGCUCUCCAGCAAACAGAGAGAGCAGUCCCUGUACUGGCUGGCGAUCCAGCAGGUUCCAGCAGACCCGGUGGAGGAGCAGUACCUUGAGCUGAGCCGCACGCGUUACUACAACGCCAACGGCGAGCUGGUGGAGGAGGAGGAGUGCUCCUGCACCUACUACGAGUGUCACUACCCGCCCUGCUCGCUCAUCGAGAGGAGGCUCAGGGAGUUCAACAUCUGUGGCCGCUGCCAGGUCGCCCGCUACUGUGGUUCCCAGUGCCAGCAGAGGGACUGGCCAGCCCAUAAGAAGCAGUGCCGGGAGCGCAAGAGGGUCCUGGCCUUGGAGUCGGAGCCGGAGCGAUGAUCCUCAGGCCCCGCGACCGGGUGGGGCGGGAGGGAGUCCAUGGGAGGGAAAGAGACUUUGGGGAUUGAAGUGCAAAAAAAAAGAGGAAAAUCUGAUUAUGGAGACAAAGAACGUUGUAAAGCAGGUAGAAUGGGAGGGGAGGAAAAAAAACAACACUUCCCAGAACUGAUUUAUCUCCCAUGGCUGGCUUGACACGUCUCAGAGGAUGAUGGGAAAUGUAGUUUUUUUUAUUUUUGUUUUUUUUUGUUUUUGUAGAAGGAAAGCCCCUUGCCCUUCCUGCUGCUAUGGGUUUGUAGAUUUGGGGGAGGAAGAGGAAGGCACACAAGGACAUAACUGUGCUUCUCUGGAACGGAUUUGAAUGCUGACUUUUGUCACCAUCCCCUCUCCCCUGGCCAGUCCUCCCACCCACCCGUUGUAAUCCGUGUGCUGGGACUAGAUGCUCCCCUGCACGGCUGGCUAAAUGGAAUAUGGACCUUUUCACUGUACUGCCCCCUGGUGGACACCCUGGGUACACACGCCCACUCAUUCACCACCCUGAUCUGAGACUAAAGCACAGCCGUAGAUGGGAGUGUUUGAGGUUUUUUUUGUCGCACUGAUUCAUGCUGUGGGUUCUGUCCGUGCUCUUGUUGCUGCCUGAAGAACAUGGAUUGAGUGAUGGACAACGGGGGGAAGGGUUGUGCCGGUUUUGUUUUGGGUCAGUGAGAGAGAGAGGGGGAGCCUGAUCACAAGGUUAGGGGUUGUUUGUGCUUAGUGUGUGGACCAUUUGUGGCUGUGCAAAGGCCUCAUAUCUCCAUGGAAACCCAGUAACCCCCUCUGACCCGCCACAUGUUCGCAAGUACACUCUUUCACCAGUUCACACUUCCACUCUUGUUUGAAGGGUGUCCUGGAAAAACUAGAUAA